GGGCUCAGUGAGGUGAAUAUCAGCACCAUCACAAGUCUUUACGGGCUCCGUGGCAAUUGUGAAGUUGCAUUUUCCUCCUGAUCGCUCAUAUUAAGUCAUGCUGGCUACCAGGACUUUGCUGUCAAAACAAACACUGGCUGUUCCUUUUCGUCAGCCUGUCUGCUUUGUUCACCAUGGUGAUUAUGGCAACUGGGGAAAUACCAAUGUUGCAGUGGUUUUCUCAGGAUGUGGAUGGUGGGAUGGAACCGACAUCCACGAGGGGGUUUACACUAUGUACCACCUGAGCCGAAAUGGUGCUCGCUUCCAGAUGUUUGCUCCAAAUCAACAGCAGACACAAGUGAUGGACCACAUGAAAAAGCAACCUGCUUCUGGAGAGAACCGGAACAUGAUGACGGAGUCAGCUCGCUUCAGCCACAGUCAUUUAAAGAUGCAAAUGGAGGAUCUAUCCACGCUGGAUGUAAAGAGCUUUGAUGCCGUUAUCUUUCCUGGAGGCCACGGAAUCACCAAGAAUCUGUCCUCUUUUAUGAAGGAUGGCAAAAACUGCAAACUCCAAAAAGAUGCGGAAAGGGUGCUUAAAGAUUUCCAUCGCUCACAGAAGCCUAUUGGCGUGGCCAGCAUGGCCACUGUGCUGGCCUGCCGGGCUCUGCCCAGCAUCGCGGUUACCAUGGGCUACGAGCAUGACGACAACACCCGCUGGGGGAACUGGCCUCACACCAACAUGGUGCAGGCCGUGAAGGGCAUGGGUGCUCAACACAAUGUCCGUGAGCCUUACGAAGCCUAUGUGGAUGAGAAGAACAGAGUGGUUAGCACACCAUCCUUCAUGUGGGAGACGGAGUAUCACUAUCACUACAUAUUUGACGGUAUUGGAAAUAUGGUCAACCAUGUGAUGCGCUUGUCAAGCAAAUGAUGUGCGGUUUCAAGCCUGGAAAAGAAUUAGUAAUUGUUGGUAAUAACAUCCAGUUUUUACCUCUUCAUGUGAUGAAAUCUUAUCUGAAAUAAUAUCAAUGAUUUCAUUAAAGGGAAAAUGACAUGUGUUUGGUUGAUGGUUAGUUUGUAUUAUAGGUAAAAAUGUAUAGUAUAAGAAUCAAAAAGAAAAAAUCAAUGAAAGUAGAUCUGCACAUCCCAGGGGCUUCUCAGCAAUGUUCUGUCAAUGUUGACUUAAGGUUUACAUCCGAAGACUUCAGUUGUUGUGUAUAAUAGGCAGAAAUUUUAUGUGAUCCUCAGAUUGAUUCGUUAAUCAUCACGGUCAUGUGUUCAGCUUUAGUGCUAUAUAGCAGUUUCAGUGUGGUAAAGAAUGACCAAAAACAGCAGGACAAAGUGGCUGCUGGUGCAAGAAGCCCCAAUCAAUCAGUUACACAUAAAUGAGGAAGUUAAAUCCCUGGACUAUGCUAAUAAAAGCAGCUGUUGGACAUGUUUCUCAAUGUACUCUACAUUCCUCCUGCUGAAACCUGACUUUAAAAA